AAGACGCUAUAAAUAAGCCCUAACUGCUCUUAUUGUUAAACUUUUGGCUUCUUUGACAGAGAAGGAUUUGCCCGGCAGAAGAAGAGGAGAAGCGCGAAGCGUCACGAGAUGGCCCGUACCAAGCAAACUGCUCGUAAGUCUACUGGAGGGAAGGCUCCCAGGAAGCAACUGGCCACCAAGGCCGCCCGUAAGUCAGCCCCAACUACAGGAGGGGUGAAGAAGCCUCACAGAUACCGCCCUGGUACUGUUGCUCUUCGUGAAAUCCGUAAGUACCAGAAGAGUACUGAGCUCUUGAUUAGGAAGUUGCCAUUCCAGAGGUUGGUUCGUGAAAUUGCCCAGGACUUCAAGACUGAUCUGCGUUUCCAGAGCCACGCUGUUCUGGCUCUGCAAGAGGCAGCUGAGGCAUACCUUGUUGGGUUGUUCGAGGACACCAAUCUGUGCGCCAUCCACGCCAAGCGUGUUACCAUAAUGCCUAAAGAUAUCCAGUUGGCUAGGAGAAUCAGGGGUGAACGUGCUUAGAAGAUGGCGCAUUGUUUGGAUGAGGGUGGUAAUUGGCUGCAACAUGGAGUGAUCAAAGACCUAAUUGAUGAUGGAUGGAUGGUUCUUAUUUUUGUUUUUAGCAACGUUGGUAGAUAUAGCUAUACUAGAAACCUGUAGUGAAUAUGGUAAAAGGCAUAAUGCUUUGCUUGUGCAUGUUAAUGAUGUUUAGUUGUGGAUGAUUUUGUUUUGUUCUCUUUAAAAGGAUGGAGGAGCUUAAAUCUGUAUUUCAUUGAAUUGUGUUUUUGGGGUAUGCAGCCAGACUAAUAUUGUUGGAUAACCUACCACAUCUAAUCUUUAGUUCAGAUUUGUAAGUUCUGUUAUUCAUGAAUUACUUGAAUCUGUUCUUUGCA